AUGGCCUCCAUCGCCCACGAAGGCGAUACAUCAUCCAAGGCGCCUACCUCACCCGCUCGGAAGAAAACACCUCAGGCCGAAAUGACGCUCAAGGGUCAUCACCGCUGGGUGAGGGGCGUAGCUUUCAUUCCUGGCACCCGACUCCUUGUCAGUUGCUCUCACGACAAAAGUCUUCGCGUGUGGGAUCUGGAUACGGGGCAACAAGUGGGGGAGCCCUUGCUGGGUCACGAUGAUGAAGUCAGGACAGUUGCAGCGUCCACCGAUGGACGGUGGAUUGUAAGUGGAGCGUCGAACGGAAGCAUCCUGACCUGGGAGGUUGCGACAAACAAGAGUGUGCCAGUCUCAUUCAAGAGUCAUGAGAAUAUGGUUCAUAGCAUCGUAUUUGCACCGAACAGCGAGACAUUUGCAAGUGCAUCGUGGGACGAGACGCAGCAGGCUACAGACAAAUCCAUCAUCGUUUGGAAUGCAGCAAGCGGAAAAGAGCUCUUCAAGAUACAACAGCGGGCAUGGCGAAUUGCAUUCACUCCAGAUGGUCUCCGUCUCGUCAGUGGAAACAUGAACGACAUCCGAAUAUCAGAUGCUGCCACCGGAGACAUCAUUAAAAAAUUUGACGCGCACACCAAACCAUUUCUCUCACUAGCCAUCGCUCCCAAUAGCACAAAAUUUGCUACCACGGCAUUCGACCAGACGACGCGGUUCUUUGACUUAUCCACAUUUGAACCGAUAGGCGAGCCAUUCGAGCACCCUGAUUGGGUCUCGAGUGUGACCUUUUCCGAGGACAGUCAGCUCAUCGUGACGGGCUGUGGGGACACACUCGUUCGCACAUGGACAGUUCCCCAGAGCGAGUCAGAGAAGGAGUCCCAACAGGCGAGUAAAUUCUUCCGUCAUGCGUCCGCACACGAAGUUCUCGGAGAUACCGUUCCAGGAUUAGAGUCAGGACCAGAAGAGUUUGAACUCCCACAUGGGUUUUUCGAUGAUCAUGAUAUGCGCUCCCCAUCUCAAAGGAAAACCCGCACCACUCCCCACGAUAAAGGCUUUCGCAUCAAGAAUUUCAAGAACUAUCUCUUGUCUCGCUCCUCCGCCCCUCGGGGCCAUGAUCCCUACCCCCGUAGUAUUCCCGUUGUAGACGUAUUCGCAACACGAGGUAAAUAUCGCACUGCUAAUGCCAUCAGCGGGAAAAGGCAUCUGGUACAACCACCACGUCCUCCUCGCCGACAAGCUCACACUUUUAACGCUGGUACUAGCAGGCCACAAGCGGGGACAUCUAACAUUUUCGGCAGACCCACACCUGCGACCUUGCAGACCACAAGUACAGAUGCUCACACUGCGACCAGCAGACCCAAUAUCCCGCUUGGCUCUGAACAUGUUGUACAGUAUGAUACGUGCUACUCACCUCAGCGCAACAACCGCACCGCUCGCACCACUUCACAACAUCAUGCUGAAGGCUCCCGCGUAUUCUUGACCGUCUCUUGUCUCGCUCCUCAGGAUCGUGCUCCUGCCCCGUGA